UGCGGAAGUUGUAGUUCAGUCUCACUACUGUUAGUUUGUUGAGGUCAGUCCUGCAGGUGUAGGAGCUGUGUUGGUUCGUCUCUGAAACAGAAGCUGACAGAAAUGUCUUUGUCAUUUGAAGGACGAGUGGUGCUUGUCACUGGCGCUGGAGGAGGUCUUGGCAAAGAAUAUGCACUGGCCUUCGCUUCAAGAGGGGCCUCCGUAGUUGUUAAUGACCUUGGGGUAGACACAAAAGGGGGUGGAAGAAGUUCUGCAGCUGCUGAUAAGGUGGUGGAGGAGAUAAGAGCAAAAGGAGGCAAAGCUGUGGCAAACUAUGAUUCUGUUGAAGAUGGAGAGAAGCUGAUCCAAAGUGCCCUUGAUGCUUUCGGAAGAAUUGAUAUUGUUGUAAACAAUGCUGGCAUACUGCGUGACCGUUCAUUUGCCAGAACCAGUGAUUUGGACUGGGACCUCAUUCAUAGAGUUCACUUGAGAGGAUCGUUCUUGGUAACUCGAGCUGCCUGGAACCACAUGAAAAAUCAAAAGUUUGGCAGAAUCAUCAUGACUGCGUCAGCUGCAGGCAUUUAUGGUAACUUCGGCCAGGCCAACUACAGUGCUGCCAAGUUAGGCCUGCUGGGGCUGGCUAACACUUUGGCCAUCGAAGGACGCAAGUACAACAUCUACUGCAACACAAUUGCUCCGGUUGCGGGGUCCCGCCUCACGGAGACCGUCAUGCCGCCAGAUCUUGUGGCGUCUCUGAAGCCUGAGUACGUUGCUCCUUUGGUGCUCUGGCUCUGUCAUGAACAAUGCCAAGAAAAUGGAGGUCUGUUUGAGGUCGGUGCAGGCUGGAUUGGUAAAUUACGCUGGGAGCGCACUCAGGGCCAGAUUGUGAGACAGAAGAACAAACCGAUGACUCCUGAGGGGGUCCGGGACCAGUGGGACGCUAUCUGUGAUUUUGAAAAUGCCACCAAGCCGGCUAAUGUACAAGAGUCUUUGCAUUCAGUUGUGAGUGUGCUGUCUCAAGUGGAUUCGGAGGGAAAAGUUGGUGCAAAUCCAGCAGCAGCCUCCGGAGCAUCGGGAUCUGGGAUUAACCCUGCUGAAGCUGUGGGACAAAAACUACCAACAAGCUCGUUUAGCUUCACCCCUACACAGUGUAUUCUGUACGCACUAGGAGUCGGCAUGUCCACCAAAGAUCCUGACAGCCUUAGGUUCCUGUACGAAGGGCAUCAAGACUUCAGCUGCCUUCCCACGUUUGGGGUCAUCCCCUCACAGGCAGCCAUGAUGGGUGGCAGCCUCAGUUCAGUUCCUGGACUCAGCAUAGACUUUACACAGGUUUUGCAUGGAGAGCAGUAUCUGGAGCUUUACAAACCUCUGCCAACGUCAGGUACUCUAACCUCUGAAACCACCGUAGCUGAUGUCCUGGACAAAGGAUCUGGAGCAGUCAUCCUUCUGGAUGUGAACACCUACAACGGCGUCGAGCUUGUGUGCUACAACCAGUUUUCAGUGUUUGUGGUUGGAGCUGGACGCUUCGGAGGAAAGAGAAGCUCAGACAAAGCUAAAGCUCCUCUGCCUCCACCCAAGCGCGCACCAGAUGCUGUGGUGAUUGAAUCAACCACAAGAGACCAAGCCGCCUUGUACCGUCUGAGCGGAGACUGGAACCCCCUUCACAUAGACCCCAGCUUCGCCGCCAUGGGAGGCUUCAGCGCUCCCAUCCUGCACGGCUUGUGCUCAUUUGGCUUUGCGGCGAGACACGUCCUCAAGCAGUUCGCCAACAACGACCCCUCUAAGUUCAAGGCUAUAAAGGUCCGCUUCGCAAAGCCUGUGUUUCCGGGUCAGUCGCUGCUAACAGAGAUGUGGAAGGAGGGCAGCCGAAUCCAUAUCCAGUGUAAAGUGAAGGAGACGGGUGAUGUCGCUCUGGCUGGGGGCUACGUGGAUUUACACGGCACAUCAGACGCUUCUCCUGAAAUUCUCCCUCAGGGAGGAGGCCUUCAGAGCGAGCUGGUGUUUGCAGAGAUUGGGCGGCGGAUUAAAGAGCUGGGUUCAGAGCUGGUCAAGAAGGUGAACGCCGUGUUCGGCUGGGAGAUCACAAAAGAUGGCAAGAAAGCUGCAGAGUGGACCAUUGAUCUGAAGAACAACAGCGGCUCUCUGCUCAAAGGCCCGUACAGCGGGAAGGUUGAUGUGACCUUCACUGUGUCAGACGAGGACUUCAUGGAGGUGGUGACGGGGAAACUUCCACCUCAGAAGGCGUUCUUCGCUGGCAAGCUGAAGGUUAGAGGGAACAUCAUGCUGAGUCAGAAGCUGGAGGUCAUCCUGAAGGAUUACGCCAAGCUGUGAGCUUCUCUGCCAACCAAUCAGAUGGUUUCAGGAACCUCACCACACCGACUUCCUCCUACGUCUUUGUCCUGAUCCCCCCCGUGUGUGGUGGCUCUCGAGGGAAAAUCACCCACUGAGAAACUUUGGGAACCAACUUGUCUCCCAUGAAUUAAUUUUCGCUGCGGUUAAAAGGGCUCCCAGUUUCAAAUAAAGAUGCGAUGAGUUUAAUCUAAGCAUCAAGUGGAGAAAUGUUUGAGUUCACUCACGUCCUUAGCUGUUGGAGAAUAUUUAAUUAACCAGAGAUUUUCAUCAGUCUAAAUCAGUGUGUCAUGAAGAGUUUAUUAACUUUUUAAUAACAAAUAAGUUGAAUUCAUUAACAUGAGUUAAACUGAAUGAAAUUGGGGUUGUUAUGAUCUCAGCCCCUAAUGGUCUCAUAUCAUGACUAAUAGAUUUGGUGACUAAUUCACCAAAGCCAGAGGCAGUUUUAUGCAUAUGAUACUGUAAUCAGCUCACUUUAUAGUAAUGUAAACUUUACUAUAUUUCAACUUCAUUUUGUGCAACUUAAUGCAGUAGAAAUGUUGCUCUCUUAAAAAAUAUUUAAAUAAAGUGACUCUAAAUGAG